AUGGAAGAACCUGGAAGAGGUAUUUUGAAUAAGAAACUAACUGAUGAUAAGCAUCUGGCUGCGCCUCCAGCGUUUCCAACUAUAAAGAUAGAGGAACCAGAGCAAAGAGGUAGGUCCCGGAGUAAGACAAGAGAUACCGGCAUAUCAUCAAGCAGAUCGAUAUCAAGGUCUGCGAGUCGAGUAAGUAUAAAGGACCAAGCCUACCUGAAGUGGACAAUAUUGAAUAAGGACCCUUCAGAAAGGUUACAUUUGAAGGCCAAAAAAGGAAACACUAGAGAUAGCGUAUCUCCAGGACAAGAAAAUGGUGGUGACGAGGAUGAAGAUGAAGAUGAAGAGGAAUUCAUAGAAGAUAGAGAAGACGAUGGUGAGGUCAGUGAGGAGGAACAAGUGAGUGAUGUAGAGAAUGAAAUAGAAAUUGAUGAACACAUUGAUUAUGAUUUAGGUUGUAAAGUUUUACCGAACUUUGUUACACCAAUUACCCAAGUACUCGACUCUAUGAAGCCAUGGCUAGCGAAGAAUGCUGAGAUUAAAACAGAAGCAGACAAAAGAGAUAUCAAAUUGGAAGAAAUUCAACACGGAAUACAUAGAGCUGUCUAUCAUAUGAGCAAAGGAGACAAUAUUACCGCCGCAACGAGCGAGAAAGGCCACUCGUUCGUUGUUUACUUGGAUCAAAUGGAUGAAUCUUUUGCUGAGAAAAUAUACGCCUUAGUUUACUCUUUCGGUUCUGUUUUCACUAAUGGGGACACUUUGUACAUCAUAAACCAAUGUGACGACGAUACCAACGAUAUGCUAUUUCAAAUGAAUCGAAUUUGCGAUCACAUAGAUUAUUUAUUCGAAUGCACCAAUGGAGUUGGAACCUUGGACAAAAUUGACGUCCUAAUAUGUUCAAUGUACCAUCCAUAUCCGAAACAAUUACUCACUGAGAUGGCACAUUCCUUGCAGCCAUCGUCGAUUAUUAUUCCGUUGCAAACGGUGUUGGCAUCAUUACAAAAUUUCAUAACUUCAGUACCGAUGCUUGUGAUUCGGAAGAAAUUGAAGAGAUCAAAGCGUAGAGGGAUAGCUGACUGA